AUGGAAGAUGUUCAGAUCGACGCUGCAGUUCUGGAAGUGACGUCACUUGAUUCAAUGGAGAUUCCUAAUUCCCAGUCCGUUGGAGAUCCAAUGGAGAAAUUAGAGAUUCGAGAUACUUCCAUGGAUGAAUGUGACGAUUCAAUGGUGUGUGAUCCGAAUUCGAGGCUGGUGCUCACUGGUUUCACAAAACCGAAUUGCUCAGUGUUAGCAGAUGAGACAAUUAUGUUCAUAAAUGCUGGUGGAGAUGAUGAUUCAAAGGUAUUGGAUUCUGAAUUGACUAUCCUCAGAGACAACUAUUUCGAAGGAGGGGAUGUGCUGAGAACAGAUGAGUCUAUAGUUGAAGCAGGAGACUGUCCAUUCAUUUACCAGUCAGCUCGUGUGGGGAACUUUAGCUACCGGUUAAACAAUCUUCAUCCCGGAGAAUACGUCGUCGAUUUCCAUUUCGCAGAGAUUAUUAAUACAAAUGGACCUAAAGGGAUUAGGGUAUUCAAUGUCUAUGUUCAAGAUGAGAAGGUCUUAUCUGAAUUCGAUAUCUUCUCGGUUGUUGGCGCAAACAGGCCGCUCCUUUUGGUUGAUUUAAGAGUCGUGGUAUUGGAUGAUGGAUUGAUUAGGGUAAGGUUCGAAGGAAUAUGUGGAAGUCCAGUGGUUUGUGGGAUUUGUGUGAGGAAAGCAUCACCAGUUGCAGUUGUGAGGACAUCUCAAGAUUAUAUUAAGUGUGAGAAUUGUGCUACGGAAAUCUCUAUUUCUCCUGCUCGGAAGAGGCUUAUGCGAGCCAAAGCUCAUGACAAGUAUGAGAAGAAGAUAGAAGAGCUUUCUGAACGAUACCAACAUAAGACAAAUGAGUGUCACGAAGCUUGGAUGUCACUGACCUCAGCAAAUGAGCGACUAGAAAAAGUGAUGAUGGAACUUGACAAUAAGAUGUACGAGGCACGCUCCCUAGACCAAACUGUGAUAACGCAAGCUGAUAGUUUGAAGAGUAUCACUAGCAGAUAUGAGAAUGACAAGAGACGUUGGGAAACUGCAAUUUCUAGUCUACUGGAGAAAAUAGAGAUAAUGAAAAGGGAACAAUCUCAGUUAUCUCAGGAUGCACAUGAAUGCGUUGAUACAAUUCCAGAACUGUACAAAAUGGUCGAUGGAGUUCAGGCACUUGUUUCACAGUGCGAGGAUCUCAAGCAGAAGUACAGUGAAGAGCAAGCCAAGCGGAAAGAGCUAUAUAACUACAUUCAGGAGACUAAAGGCAAUAUUAGGGUCUUUUGUCGUUGCCGCCCUUUGAAUAAGGAGGAGACGUCAACAAAGAGUGCCACGAUUGUUGACUUUGAUGGAGCAAAAGAUGGAGAUCUUGGUGUCAUCACUGGAAAUAAUUCCAAGAAAAGUUUCAAGUUUGACAGAGUUUAUACACCGAAAGAUGGUCAAGUUGAUGUCUUUGCGGAUGCUUCUCCUAUGGUUGUUUCCGUGCUAGACGGAUACAAUGUCUGUAUUUUUGCAUACGGGCAAACAGGAACAGGGAAGACCUUUACAAUGGAAGUUAGCGUCCUUGAGGUCUACAAUGAACAGAUAAGAGACUUGUUGGCAACUUCACCAGCAUCAAAGAAGUUGGAGAUAAAACAAUCUUCUGAGGGGUCCCAUCAUGUUCCUGGAUUAGUAGAAGCAAAAGUGGAUAACAUAAAUGAAGUGUGGAAUGUGCUUCAGGCUGGGAGCAACGCAAGAGCUGUUGGAUCCAAUAAUGUGAAUGAACAUAGUAGCCGAUCUCACUGCAUGCUCUCUAUAAUGGUAAAAGCAAAGAACCUGAUGAAUGGUGAUUGCACAAAAAGCAAGCUUUGGCUUGUAGAUUUAGCCGGAAGUGAAAGGUUGGCAAAGACUGACGUGCAAGGUGAGCGUCUGAAGGAAGCACAGAACAUCAAUAGGUCACUUUCAGCUCUCGGGGAUGUGAUUUAUGCAUUAGCUACAAAGAGUAGCCACAUUCCAUACAGGAACUCAAAAUUAACACACUUGCUUCAAGAUUCACUGGGUGGUGACUCAAAAACUCUGAUGUUUGUGCAAAUCAGUCCCUCAGAGCAUGAUGUGAGUGAGACUCUAAGUUCACUUAACUUUGCAACUCGUGUUAGAGGGGUUGAGUUGGGUCCUGCGAGGAAGCAAGUUGAUACCGGUGAGAUUCAGAAGAUGAAAGCAAUGGUGGAGAAAGCAAGGCAAGAGAGCCGAUCUAAAGAUGAAUCGAUAAAGAAACUGGAAGAGAACAUGCAAAACCUGGAGGGUAAGAAUAAAGGAAGAGACCACUCUUACAGAAGUCUCCAGGAAAAGAACAAAGAACUUGAAGGCCAGCUUGAGUCGCUGCAUACCCAAUCAGAAAAACAACACGCACAGCUUCUAGAAAAACUAAAGAGCAGAGAUGAGACUUGUAGCAAUCUCCAGCAAAAGGUCAAGGAGCUAGAGUGCAAGCUCCGGGAGAGACACCAAUCCGACUCUGCAACUUACCACCAGAAGGUUAAGGAACUUGAGAAUAAGCUGAAAGAAUCUGAAGGCAACUCUCUUGUGUGGCAACAGAAGGUUAAAGACUUUGAGAACAAGUUGAAAGAAUCUGAAGGCAACUCUCUUGCAUGGCAACAGAAGAUUAAAGAGUUUGAGAUGAAACAGAAAGAUGAGCAAAGCCAAGAAGCAGUGUUACUACGACAGAAGAUUAAAGAGCUUGAAAUGAGGCUGAAGGAGCAAGAGCACCAUAUACAGCAAAUGGCAGCGACUAGAGAGUUCCCUGAUGUAGCGAGCGAAGUGAAGACUUGCUACAAAGAAGACAACUUCGGCAAUGAGAACAACAACACGGAAUCUAACAGCAACAUCCUGAGAACAUCAAACCGUCUCAAGACUAGAAACGAUUCUUUGAACCUCAACGAGAUGGCUAGAAAGAAGAGAGUCUCGAGAACCGGAGAAACAGAGAGCAACAAUGGUGAUGAUACUCAUAUGAAGGAGAAACGGAUCAGGAAAUCAGACCCACCAAAAGUUUUCAACAGAGUUCUCCGACCAACAAGACCAACAGCUUCUGGCUCGUCAAACCAUCAAGUGACUCAGAAGAGGAUUAGUCACAGAGAACAACCACAAGUUCCGGUCGGCAAAGAGAGAGGAGAGUCCAGGAAGAAGAUUUGGUCAUGA